AAAACAACAACGGCAGUCUCAAGUUGCGAUUACAAGCUCGUGGCGUUGUCGUUGCCCCACGUCACGUACAACGAUGGAAAGUCUCGCUACAUCUCCUGAGUAAGAGCUCAGAUCCCUGCUCGUACUCGUUACAUGCCUUUGCUGGACUCUGUGCCGACAUGGACGGUCCUCAUUGCUCUGCGACUAUGCCUAGUAUUCGGAAAGACACAGUCCACUGCUUACCGCUCUCGAAUUAUCCACGGUUAUUGUUUGACCAGUGGAUUGUGUAACGAAAAGGGUCACGAUGGUCUUCAUUACGAUGAGCGUAACAGCUUUGUUGUAGGGCGUUUGAUAGGGAGCAUUCAGAUGGGGAGCGUGAAGAGAUGGAAUGGGGUGUGGCUAUUGGGGUGGAUGGCCGAUGCUUGAUGAAGAAGGGCUCGUUUUCGAGGAUUGAGUUGCCUCAAGAGUAUAGGGCGGGCGAGUGGCUGCGAGUGGGCAGCGGGUUUGGGUCGUACGUCUCGUUAAAGAGUACAUUGCACCGUAUCUGAGAAACGCCGUAUUCUGUACGC